UUUUUCUCAUACAUUAUUCAUACCCUAUUGUGUAUCUACUACUUGACUGUCAUCCUCGUCCCCUUUUUCUAUUACAGUAUGUUACAAAUUACAAUUGACAAAAGUCAACGACAUAAGUUAUAUUCUAACGUUUUAUAAAUUUCGUUGAAAAAUAAAUAAGUCCAUAAUUAUGAAAGAUAACAUUCCAUCUUGCAUAGAGAUAUGCGCCAUUGAGUCAUUCGUUUUUAAUUUAGUCGGUUUAAACUCAUUAAACACAGCAUUUUCACUUGCUAAAGGUCAAUUUCUGCCAAAAUUAAAAUCUUGGGAAAAAUUUUUUUUCUACGCUGCUUUUUUUCCCUUCAUGUUUUUAUUCUUCAGUUUAGUGACUACAAUACCCCAGUAUAUUGGCAAAGAUUUUUCAUUAACAUGUGAUAAUGUAUCGGUACUUUUUACCACUAUAAUAAUAAUAACUAAGUUAAUCAGACUGUGGAGUUGUCGACUAGAUUUUUUUAUAGUAUUAAAAAAAUUAAACAAACUGUGGGAAGAAAAAAUCGUAAAUCGUCUUGAUCUCAAGUUAGAAAUAAAUGAAAUUGUUAAUAAUUCAAAGCCCAUUCGCUACUGCUACAUGAUCAGCGGGCUUUCGUUGGGUGCUUGCUAUGCGCUGCGUCCACAUUUACUUUUGCUGAGACAUUUUUUGCUGCCCAGUGAAAAUUCUUCGAUUGAUUACUCAGAUACCGUAUAUUCAGCAAUAAUAUAUCCAAUAAAGCCUCAAACAUUGUCUGGUUAUUUAUUACUAUUGACAUUGGAACAGGAAAUUGCUGGUUUUGGAAUAUUAUAUUUUAUUAUUACUGACAUCUUAUUUAUAUUUUUGAGUUCACAGAUUUCAGUUAAUUUUACGGUAUUAGCUAAAGAUUUCGAAAAUAUAUAUGAAAUAUCUAAGAAUAAUAAUAGUAAUCAUCGUACUAAAACAUUGGGUAAAACAAUACAGCAUCAUUGUGUGUUAUUAUCAUUAUGUGAAAAAAUCGAAUAUCUUUUUAGCCCAAUCAUUUUACUGACCAUGUUAUUAAAUGGAAUAGAUCUUUGCUGCUGUAUAUUUUCAUUUGAACAAGAUUUGGCGAGUGGUGAUUCCACGGGUUCCAUUAUUAGAAAUGUACCUCAUGCAGUUACAUUAUUUAUUCAAAUUGUUAUUUACUGCAAUUAUGCCCACAUUGCUACUGAGACGACAAAAUUAUUGAGAGAAGCUAUUUAUAAUUCAUCAUGGAUUAAUUAUAAUAGAGAAAUGGUUAAAAUAAUGAUAAUAAUGAUGAUUAGAGUGAAAAAUGAAUACCAAUUUACAGCAUACGGUAUUAUUACUCUCGAUCGCGAGCAAAUGGCUCGAAUUUUCAACACUACUAUUAGUUACUUUACGUUACUGAGAAGUUUUUCGUAACUUGUGAAAUUGAAAUUAUGAAAAAAAAAAAAAAUUUAUUCAAGUUUUCGUGAAUGUGAAUAUUUUUUACUUAGUUAUUGUUUUAGAGUAUAUAUUUAUUAAUAAUAUUCAUAGUUUAAAAAAAAAAGUUACAAAUUAUAUAUUAAUUGCACACAUUUAUGGAAUAUCAUAUUUUAUGAAUAAAUAGUUUCAACAAUUAUUAGCAGAGUAACGAAUAAAUUGAUUUGUGUGUUGACCGGAUUGAUUGGAAAGGAGGAAGCACAAUUUAUUAAUACCCUGAUGGCCACACUUUAAAUAUAAUUGCUCAGCAAGUUCUGCAGUGAAAGAUUUCCGGCUACCAUAAUAACAAGUUUUCAGUAAGCCUCGGCUGGAUAAUACUUGCGUGCAAGUUGAUGCAAAUCUACUGCCGUCAUCUGAAUGUAAUUUAACAGAAAAACUUGCCGUCAAUUUGAAGUGAAAUUUUAAAUCAACUUAACGUCAUUUUCUGACAGUAACACGUGUAGUCGAAUUGAAUUCAAGCUACGGACAAUUUACUGUCAACUUAAAGGUAACUGUUUGCUCUCCAACACUUUCCUUUUUAUUGGCUUCAGAAUACGGCAGUAGCUUGAAGUUAACUUGUGGUUAAGGUAGCUAUCAGGGUAUUUUAUAAA